AUGGCGACCGAUCAGCUCCCACACCUUCACCAAUUCCCGCCUCUCAACCCACGCUUCAAGGAAACCCUAAAUCUCGGCUGUAGUCGCCGGCGGCACGAAACCCAUGGUGCCGGAAAGAUCGUAUACGCGGCAGAUUCCAUCUACCGGUGGUGGCCUGUCGGCGCCGCCUCCAACCGCGACCCCAUCCCCGCCUUUUUCCGGCUGGAGCCUUUUGACUGGGAGAUCUUAGAGCAGAGGGAUGGUGAAAAGCCCCUGGUUCUCGUCGGCGGCGGGGGAUCGGAGGAGAAUGCUGGUGAAGGGCAGGAUAUGACGCCCUGGGUUUCAAUAGCGGAGAGGGUGGUGCCUGACUUGAUCGCGGCUGCGGUUACAGACGUACGCAUCUCUGCAUCAUCUUAUGUAAGCAAAUUUUUUCCCUUCCAUGGAGGUUCUUCAGGUAGCCUCGAUUCCAUCAAGAAGGCAGCAUCUACGCCAGUUAAUUCUACUAAUAACUUGCGCAAAAUAUUCUGUACAAAUGUUCCACAUUCACACAUGGAAAAUGUCCAAAUUACAGUAGCUCCCAAAAUUGGCCUUUCAUUUCACUCUGAGAAGGAUCAUUAUCAUAUUAGGAUUUCUGAUAAGCACAGACCAGAUUCAACAAUUACAUGCAAGUGUACCCUUACACAGAGCGGACAACUAAAAUUACACAAGAUUGAAGAAAAUGUAGUGCGGCAUCUGGUGGCAGACUUAUCUUGCCUCUACAAGAAGCUAGAUCUUCGACUUUUUCUGUUCACCGGAAGAAAAAUGAAAAUCAUAGAUAAUGAGGAAAAUGAAUCUCUGAACAAGAUAGUAAUCUCUGCUAUAAUAGAUCCAGAUGUGAAAGGAGGGCUCAGAUGGCCUAUGGGCAAGCAAUCUUCUGCUGAGCGGUACAGUGUUGUGGGAGCUUGGCACCAAAUGUGUUGCUUUAAGGAGCGAUAAGAUGAGGCUCGUCUUAAGGCGGGCUGAUCGAUUUGAUUUUCUGAACUCGACUGGAGAGGUUUCUUCUGAAUUAUCUUUGAAAAUGAUUGAAAUUGCCAGGCUCUUGAAGGAAGGAGAUAUGGAAAGUAACCUGCUGGAAGUGAUGGUUCAGGAGGAAGUGAAGCUGUUUUGGGAUCAUCUAUUAUGCUGAAGGUAUGUUCUGACGAAUUAGACAUUCAGAAGAAAAUUGUAAUGAAAGCAAUAGCUAAAAAUAUAUGUUCUAAAACUCUCUGUAAAUAUGUGUUUUCAUUUUUGUGUUUUGUACGUUUUCUGAAGAAGAAGACAUCAAAAGAACUUAUAUAUACU